AUGGCUCCACCGGUUUUACGUCCUGAGAACGCUAUUAAGAGAGCAGAUGACUUGGUCUCUGUUGGUGAAAGCCAAGCUGCUUUACAAUCUUUAUUCGAUUUCAUCACAGCUAGAAGAAUUAGAUUUGCUGAUCCGGCUGCAAUUGAACCAAUUGUUGUCAAGUUCCUAGAACUUGGUAUCGAAUUGAAAAAAGGUAAAAAUAGAUCAAAGAAUGCUUUACAUCAAUUCAAAAAGUUAAUCCAAGGUAAUAAUGAUGGUUUACUUAUCAUUGGUUCUAUCUCAAGAAAGUUUAUUACUAUGAUUGAAGCUAAAAUUGUCACUGAACAUGAGAAAUUAGCUUCUGCAACUGAAAAUGUCGACGAAAAUGUGGAUUUGGAUGUUGCUGUGACUCCAGAAAAUUUACUAAACAGUGUCUACUUGAAAGACUCUAACACUGUUUCUGGUUUCAAUGAUGAGGAAAUAGCCACGUGGUUGAGAUUCACUUGGGAAUCCUACAGAACUGUCUUAGAUUUAGUUAGAAAUAAUUCUCAACUAGAAAUUACUUAUUCCGGUGUCGUCAACAGAACAAUGCAAUUCUGUUUGAAAUAUAACAGAAAGAAUGAGUUCAAGAGAUUAGCUGAAAUGUUACGUCAACAUUUAGACGCUGCCAACUACCAACAAAAUAAGAACGGUACUAACAUUGUCGAUUUAAGUGAUAACGAAACUUUACAACGUUAUUUAGAACAACGUUUUCAACAAGUUAAUGUUUCCGUUAAAUUGGAAUUAUGGCACGAAGCUUACAGAUCCAUUGAAGAUGUUUUCCAUUUAAUGAAAAUUUCAAAACAAACUCCAAAGGCUCCUACUUUAGCUAACUAUUACCAAAACAUGGCUCGUGUUUUCUUGAUGUCAGGUGUUCAUAAUUUACACACUGUUGCUUGGGGUAAAUUCUAUUCUUUAUAUUCCAAGAAUCCAAAUGCCACAGAAUCUGACUUCAAGCAAUACUCUUCUAUCAUCUUAUUGUCUGCUGUCUCUAAUGCUUUAGAUACUUUACCUGUUAUUGGUUAUGAUCCACAAUUACGUUUAUAUCGCUUAGUUGGUUUGGAAUCGAAGCCAACUAGAAAGGAUAUCAUGGAUAUUGCCACUGAAGAAGAUAUAUUCAUUCAUGCUGAUGAAGAUGUUAAGAAAUUAUACAAUAUUUUAGAAGAAAACUUUGACAACGAAACUGUUAAGAAAGAGUUGGCUGAAUUAUUACCAAAGUUAGAAACUAAACCAUACUUUAAACAAUAUAUCAAACCAUUGAAGAAUGUCAUUACCAGAAAGAUUAUCGUUAGUGUAUCAGAAAGAGAAGCUUCCAUUAAUAUCGAUAAAUUAUAUGAAGAAAUUACUCUACCAGCUCCAUUGAACGAUGAUUACUGGGGUCUUGAAAAAUCUUUAUUACAAGCUGCUGUUGAAGAUUAUGUUUGCAUUAAAAUUGACCAUAAGAGCAACACCGUGACUUUUGCUAGUGACCCAUUCGAAAUUAUUUCAAAAUCUGAACCAGUUGUCGAAGAAGAAGAGGCUGAAGAAGAAGAAGCUGAAGAAGAAGUUGAUGAAUCUGAAAUCCCAGAAGGUGAAGAAGAGGAAAUGGAAGAAGCUCAAGAGGCUGAAGGCGCCAAAGAAGCUGAAGCCGAACCAGAACCAGUCUUAACACGUACACAUUACAUUCGUAGAAAAUUGAAUGAAUUAUCUGUUGUUUUAGAAGGUUUAGAUGAUUUCAAAGAAGCUUCUUAUAUUCAAAAAGUUAAGACUGCUCGUGAAAACUUGAUCGCUGAAACUAAGAAUGCUAUCGAAAACAUCAAAAAGGCCAAUGAAGAACGUAUUAAGAGAGCUCAAGAGCAAAAACAAAAAUACUUAGCUUCUGCUGCCGAAAGAGCUGAAGAAGACGCCGAGAUGAGACAAAAACGUAUGUUAGAAGAAAGGACCGCUUUGGAAGCUAAAUUAGCCGAAGAAAAUCAACGUCGUGCUAUUGAAAAGAAAAAGCGUGAAUUCUUAGAAUUACAAAAGAUUCAAGUCAAGCAUUUCAUCGACACAGUUAAUGAAAAAGGUGAAGUUGAACUUACUCCAGAAGAGACAGAAGGUUUGGAUAUAGUUGCAAUUAAGAAAUUGGUUUUCAAAAAGAUUGCCAAAAACAAAACAGAGUUAGAACAGCGUAUUGAUAUUGCUUUACAAAAAUUAGAUCACACUGAAAGAGCUUAUAGAGAAUCCGAACUACCAUUAUUAGCAAAGGAAUCUGAGGCUCUAAAGAAUGAAGAUUCGAUCAAAUUCGAAGAAAUUAAGUCUAAGAUUCUUGAGGGUGCUAAAGCAGAUCACGCUGCUAAGAUGGAAGAUUAUGAUCGUUUAGUUGUUGUUGGUGAUGACUUCAGAGCUUUAAGGGACCGUUUAUAUGCUUCAUAUCAAGCUAAGCAUGGUAAAGCUCAAGCAGAGAAGUUAGCUAAACUAGAAGCUGCUAAGAAGGCUAGAGUUGAUGAAAUUCGUAAGCAACGUUAUGAUGAAUUAGUUGCUAAACGCCAAGCUGAAAUUGAUUCAGUUAAAAGACAAGAGCAAGCAGCCAAGCAAGAUCAAAUUGCCAGUAAACAAAGAGAACUUGGAGAAGCCGCUGAACAAAAGUCUAGAGCUGCCGCUUCUCAAGCUGCUAAAAGUCUAUUUGGUAGAGGUGCUAAUGAUGAACGUCAAGCUAAAUUAGAUGCCAUUGCUCAAAGACAAAGGGAAAUAGAAGAAGCUGCUGAAAGAAAGGCUAAGGGUAGUCCAGCCGCUUCUAUUCCAGCUACCGGUCCAGCUGAUACUGAGAAACCAUUAACUUUCAAAGAAAAGAUGAGAUUAAAGAGAGAAGCUGCUGGAAAAUAA